UGAACUCUGCACAUGACAGAACGACUGUCUCUUGCACUUCCUGAAACAUGACAGGCCACAGCUCUCAGAGGGAAUUAUUUAGGUUUCUCAAAGUGCUGCUUUUAAGUGUCAUAAUUUCGAUUACGCUUUUGUUCCUUGUUGCCACAGUUAGGACGUUUACAUUUGAUGUGGACGCAGGGCUUCAGCUGGGAAAAUGGGAAAAUACAACAGUCAUUUCUCUUCAUUUAAGUCCACAACAGAGAAAGAAUCUGCUGGCAAAUUUCAAAGCGGCCAUUCAGAUUCCCACGGUGUCAUUCACGGAGACUAACGUGAACAGGAGCGCGCUGCGCGAGUUCGACGCGCUGCUGAGGAAGAUCUUCCCUAAGAUCUUCUCAUCCAGUUUGGUCCAACAUGAGAUGGUGGGAAACUACAGCCACCUGUUCACAAUACCAGGAAGCGAGGCUGAUCUGGAGCCCUACAUGCUGCUGGCACACAUUGAUGUUGUGCCGGCCGAUGAGGCGGAUGGAUGGGACGCUCCUCCUUUCUCUGCUCAAGAGCUCAAUGGCUUCAUUUAUGGACGAGGAACCAUCGACAAUAAACAGUCUGUGAUGGGGAUCCUUCAGGCGUUGGAUUACUUGCUAGAACGAGGUUAUACUCCUCGGAGAAGCUUCUUCAUUGGCUUGGGUCACGAUGAGGAGGUGAAUGGUUUACAUGGGGCAGCUAAUAUCGUGAAGCUCCUGAAGAGUCGGGGGGUGAAGCUCCAGUAUGUUUUAGAUGAAGGCCUGGCAGUGCUGGAUGGGAUCAUAAGUGGCCUGGAUGGACCUGCUGCCCUAAUAGGUAUCAGUGAGAAAGGUCAAGCCACUGUAAAGCUGAGUGUAAGCAGUGCUCCAGGACAUUCAUCCAUGCCUCCCAGAGAGAGUAGCAUUGGCAUCUUGGCCUCAGCUGUCAAAAGAUUAGAGGAAAAUCCGAUGCCCAGGCUGUUUGGUUAUGGUCCUGAACGUGGCACAUUUGAACACCUGGCCCAUAAGUUUGGAUUGCCUCUUCGAUUCAUCAUGUCUAAUCUGUGGCUCUUCUCUCCGCUACUCAGCAGGGUGUUGGAGAGAAAACCCGACACAAAUGCUUUUGUGAGGACCACGACGGCCGUCACUAUGUUUAACUCUGGUGUAAAGAUUAACAUAAUACCAUCAUAUGCUGAAGCUUUUGUCAAUUUCCGUAUCCACUCAGCCCAAACACUGCAGGAGGUUCUGGAGUUAGUCAAGUCAACUGUGUCAGAUGAGCGUGUAAAGGUAGAGCUAGUCGAUGGAUUCGACCCGCUGCCCAUCAGCUCCUAUGAUGAGCAGGCGUUUGGCUUCCAGAUCAUAAAGAAAACAGUGCAGAGCAUGUUUCCCCGGCUCGCAGUGGCACCUGGUGUCUGUGUUGGCAACACUGACAGCCGUCACUACAAGGAUAUCACGCAAGAUAUAUAUCGCUUUGCUCCGUCAUGGUUCAAACCAGGUGAUCCUCAGAGAUUUCACGGUGUGAACGAGAGAAUCUCUAUUCAGAACUAUGAAGAGAUUGUGCUGUUCUACUUCCAGCUCAUCCAGAAUAAUGACAUCAGGAAGUUGCCGCCACCUCACAACAGCCAGCACGAGCUGUAAAUGGUGCGAUGUUGUUUAAACUAUUGGACUAACCUUGUGAGAGAUUCAUCUCAAACUGCCUGAGCUCUUCAUGGAGCUGUUCAAUCAAAUGCUCUUUCUAUAGUUAACUUGCUAGUGUUUCCAUUCAUUCAGAUUUGAUGAAGGUUUUGGUUAGUGCUGUGGUACAUUUUCAAAGCUUGCAUUAUGAGCCAACAGAUUACUGAUAAGAUACUGUGUUACACUGAAGUGAUUUAUUAUGAGUGAUUACGUCUGGCUCCAUUAAACAUUUACCUCUGGAUAUCACUUUCAUCACAAAGCUACAGCUCAACACAAAAGGUAUUGUUAUCGGUUGUGUUAAUGUUACUUUGAAUUCUUAGUUAUUUUUGGCACUGAUAUGGUUUGUGUUGAGACUUAAAAUUACUGUUAAUGUUUAAUUAACUUAAUUGUUAAAUUUGACAUGUUGAAAAAAAUUAAAUUAAUUUUUAAUUUUAAGUUUAAAUUAAUAAAAGUAUUUUAAUGCAAA